GGAUUUCAGAAGAAUAUCAAAUAAAAAAGUCCAGCAUAAUAUCAAGAAUUUCCAAUGGAAAGUAAAAAGGAUAAUGGACUCAGUAUUUAUAUCAAAACAGAACCAAAUGACCAUGGCGAUUACCUUCCAGAAAAUAGAUCGGAAAAUUUUGCAUGUUCAAGUUACCAUGGUUAUGCUGAAAAGAAUAGAAUAAGUAUGGGUAAAAGACCAGAACAUUAUGAGUAUGAUGCCUUUAAGGCUAAAUAUGCAUCUGAAAAUAAUAUGAUUUAUGCAGAAUACAAUAGACCAAAUUUAAAACGAAACAAUGAACAUGAAUAUGAUGGUUUUCAACUUGAAAAUAGCUCAGAAACUAACACAGACAUUUUGACAGAUAAGAAUAACAAGGAAAAAAACAGACUUGCUAUAAAUAGACCGAAAAGUCCAAAUGAAUAUAAUGCCUUCUUGUCUAAAAUUAGAUCAAAAGCUGACGAAUAUAUGAACUACACAGAAAAUCUCAUAACAGAUUCUAGUGUAAGAGUUAAUGAAUAUGAGCAGAACCAUUCUAAAAAUAGAUCUGAAGAUGUUGCCAUUGACUACAGUCUGGUACAAGAAAUAAAAAAGGAACCAGUUGAGGAUUACCAUUGCCUUUCUGAAGCAGAAAUCAAAGAUGCUAUGUACAUGCAUCAAAAUUUACAAAUAAACCAAGAAAAACCUAUUCAGAGUCAAAUUUUCGUUGAAAACACUGAAAAUGGAACUCAACUUAGUUUAAACUCUAAUACCAAAGAUAAUCCUGAUCUUGUGAGAAACAGAGCAUAUAAAGAUGAAAUGAUGCAUAUCACCGAUAAUUCUAGAGCAGCUGAUUUAGAUUUAAACAAAGAGAUAUGCAAAGCAGUUGAAAGAGAAAUUCGUGAAAAUACUGGUUUAGUAAACAAGGAAAAACAAGCACCGCAAAUCUCUAAUACAGAUAUGACACAGAUAAGGGAUAAAUUUGAAGGUCAAAGAAACGAAUCCAAAGAUGAUAAAAAUUGUGAACCUAUUGAUAAACCAGGAUUAAGAAAUUCUGACGAUACCUUGAAGUAUUAUGCCAGGACGUGUACAGACAUAAUCAAUGCAUCAAUAGCAGGUAUAAUAAACUCUGAGGCUACGAAAAAGUGUGAAGUUGGGGAAGUGAAAAACAAAAGAAAAAGAAGAAGUCCAAAGUUCAAUUCAAAUUCAAAUACAAAUUCAGAGGAACAUUUAAAAAGCAGUGAAACGUUUGAGGAAAGUAUGUAUAUAAUAAACAGUUCAUCACCAGUGUUUUCGAACACAGCUGAUCAGACGAAUGUUAGUGCAGAGACUAAAUCAGCUAAAGGAAAAUCACCGUGGAUUUGUCAAACUUGUGGUAAAGAAUUUUUGCAUUUCUCACGUUUAAAGACACACACAAGAACGCAUACUGGCGAAAAACCAUUCAUCUGUGGAACAUGUGGAAAGAGCUAUGCCAGUGCAGCUAGCCUGGCCAAUCAUGUUAGAGUCCAUACGGGAGAAGAAUUCACUUGUAGUACGUGUGGAAAAACCUUUGUUAACCCAGCAAAUUUAAAGUUGCAUCUUCGAACGCACUCGGGUGAAAAACCAUACAUCUGUGCUACGUGUGGCAAAGCAUUUGCUCAGUUGGUACAUCUACGUUUACAUGAUAGAACCCAUACUGGUGAAAAACCGUUCAUCUGUCAAAUAUGUGGCGUAGGAUUCAGUCAAGCAUCAAAUCUGAGAUAUCACAAGCAGACGCACACUGAUGAAAAACAAUAUCACUGUAAUAUUUGUGGUAAGGGAUUCAAUCGGCCGGAUUAUCUUAAAGAUCAUGAACAAACACAUUCAGGGGAUAAAACUCAUGUCUGUGACAUUUGUGAAAGAGGGUUUAGUAGGCUUAAGGAUUUUCAAGCUCAUCUUCGAACACAUACAGGUGAAAAACCAUAUAUUUGUCACAUAUGCGGAAUAGGCUUUUGUCAAUCAGGAAAUCUUGCAUCUCAUGUUCGAACGCACAGUGGCGAAAGACCAUACCCAUGUACUACUUGUGGAAGAGAAUUCAAUCGCUGGUCGAAUCUGAAGUCACAUGUUCAAACGCACAAUGAAGAAAAACGAUUCAGUUGCAAAAUAUGCGGGAAAGGAUUUAAUCGACAAGAUCGACUGAAGAAACAUGGUAGAAUACAUUCGAGGGAUGGAAGUUUUAAAUCUUUAGAUGGUAUGGACAUGACCGAGGAUGAUGUUAAAUCCGACGCACCUAUGGAAAACGAAGAUCUAGAAGAACCUGAAUCUCACCUGAGAAAUAAUGAAAAGUGUUCAGUAGACAUGGUAGACAUGGACAGUGAACAAGAAGUGGGAGAAAGUCUGGAAAAUGUCCAAAGAUCUGAAGAGAAUUUGGAAAAGGGAGGCAAAUUAACAGUAAAACUUUGGAAAAACCAAGAAUUUUCUAAAAAUUUUAAAGAUGUUCAAAGAUCCACAAUAAUAAAUAAUGGAAAAUCCAUAGAAAACUUUGUAAAUAUUGACAAGGAACACAAAUUUGGAGAAAAUUGGGAAAUGAAUCAAAGAUCUGAGGUAAAUAUGGGAAAUAAUCAAAAUUCUACAGUGGACAUGACAAAAGACCAUAAACAUGAUCAACCUAAAAAUUAUAAAAAUAUUGAAAAAUCUGCGAUGAACGUGAUAAACAAUGAGAAAUCGGCUGAACAUUUUGAGAAAAAUGAAAAAUCUCAAAUAAACAUGGACAAUUCUGGGAAUUCUUUUGAAACCUUGAAAAAUGAAAACAAAACACUGUGUGCACUGGGUUGUAGUAAUAAUAAGAAUUCUGAUGGACAGGAUAAAACUGAAAUUAAUGUUAUGGAACAUGAUGGAUAAUAAUAAGUUUUAGUGUUUCAGUGUGUACAAUGUAUAUAUCUAGCCCUAGAAUAACCAUAUUAGUUAGAAAAAAACAAUAUUUGUAAUUGUAAAAGAGGUUGCUGGAGUGCAGGAUUUUCAAUUAAUAAACCUUUUAUUGUCAUGACUUAUAUCAAAUAUAAAAAUAUAUAUUGACAUGUUUGAUAAACAUGAUAAAUUCUAACAGAAUAGUACUAUUGUCAUGAUUGUUACAGUUUUACCUUUUUUAUUAUUCAUGUUUAACUUUUUAAUAUACUUUUUUGUAAUUUAUUAAAUAAAUUUUUAUUUUUAUUCAACAUUAUUCAAACAUUUUUUUUGAUGUUGAAUUUCAACUGGGAAUGCUGUAGAUUUUGGGUGAUAAUAUAUAUAAUUAUUAUCUGCAGGAUUAUAGUAUACAAAAUUUAAUGUUAUACAUCAUUGUACAUACAUGUAAGGAUUGUAAUUUUCAUGCCUUUAAUUUCAAUUAAAGAAUGCAAUAUUUAAUAUUUCGAUAGCAAUCUUGGUUUCUUAUUUAGCAAAUGUUAAAAUUUGAAUGAUGCCUUCUGUGGAUUUUUCAAAUUAAACAUGUUAAAACAUUUUCAUGAAGUUUCACAUAAAAAAACAAGUUUUUUUUCAAUAUCUAUC